AUGCAUCUCCUUUCCUCCUUCAUCACUCCCCAUCAAAACCUCUUAGCACCCGUCGAGCGUCUCGACACCCUUGAGAAUCUCGCUUUCCAUUUCUCAUCUACUGACUUCGCUUCGCAUCUUCGCAUCGUCAACCAGCUUUCCAAAGCAGCUUCAAAAACCCCCUCGACCCCCUCGACCCCCAAAAAGACACCCCAGAAAUCCCCAAAGAGGAUCACCUUCCAGUGGGAUGACUACCGUCGACAGGUUCUGUGCUGUCUGUACAGAUUCUACAACUGUGAGCAUGAUGAUCUUCAGAAGAUAUUUUCUGACAUCUUCAAAAAUCAUCUCCUCGAACGUGGCUUUCCGAGCGGGCAAAUCCCAUACAGGGCCCUCAACGCCCAGUGGUCUUGGAUGAGGCGGAGUGACAACCCCGCCUGGUUGUUCGUCCAUAAAGAGACGGUCUUCAGGAAAGACCGAGAGUGGAAAGAUAUCAUCCAGCAAAUCAACCACGCGGCGAACAAACUGCAGAUCCUUCUCAUUGAGAAAGAAUUUGAUACCGAAAACGCCGAACCUGAGCGCGAAGGCAUUGAUAAUCAGUCUCAAUCCACCUUGACCCUCUCUACCAUGUGCCACUCUGUCCAAGCAUCGGUUCUUACCGACACCGAGCAUUCAUCCAUCGGUGAUUGGGGAACUCAACAGACAAUGUGCCAAUCGGCUGUUCAUGAUACCCAGGUUGUCAUGUCAGGCCUCUCCUCAAGUUCUGAUGAAGAGCUCCCUUCAGUCAUACCGCCACUCAUAGAUGCAACGCUUCUGACAGCCGACGUGAAUUUGUACGGACAUACUUCCCCAGAGGAUCUACCACCAGUACUCUACAGGUGGUCAAAUAACAAUUCCGCGGGAAUUAAUGGCCCUACAUUGAUUCGAGCUGGUCUCUUCGCAGAUAUGGACAGGGGGUCUGGGACCUUUCUUCCGGAGCACAUAUCAGAGGAAUCGUUUCUCGAGUACUUCAGGCUCCAUGUGACAAAAGCCCAAAGCUUAUCACCAUUUGUUUCUUUUUUCAAAAGCCCGUUAUCACCAAUUCACCGGGGGCUUCAUAACAGAAACGAAGCGAGUGUUUUCAUCGUUGAUACCUCGAAGCUGACGAACAAGUCAUUCAAAUCUACGCCUCUCAUGGAGCGAACAGGCACCGUUACACGGGGCUGGAAAGGAUACGGCGAAUACUUGAUCUGGAACGAAGUCCCCGCAGCUGCGAUUGCCUGUACCUUCACUAUUACUGAUCUGGAAAAAAUUGCCUCCAACCACUUAGACAUCGGUGCGUUUUUACAGCUCCCAUCGAUACAGGAGCGAUGGAGCUGCCGGGCAUCUUUGUACAGUGACUUGGCAAAGCAUAUACCAGAGUCCGACGAUGGAUAUGCUUGUCUUUUGGAGAGAUUCACUGAAUUGAUUGGAGUACCGGAGUCACUCAGAGAAGCAGUCGCAAGUGAUUUCAGAGAGGCAUGGACCGAAAAGUUCAAGGGACUCGAGUACCAACCACCGGGAGUUGAAGCCUCGGACUUCCACGGUGGAGAUGAGUCGCUCGCGGCUCACGUGUGCUUCACGACUACCGCACCUAGUCUGGCUGCGCCGUCGGAGUCUUCAUAUGCACCGGCCGAUAAUAAUGACGGCGACAGCGAUAACUCGUGUGCGUCUUCUGGUAGUGGGAGUCGAGAAAUCGAAGAGGCUGAAGAACGUUGCCGGGGACGUGAUACCUCAAGUUCUGGAUAUUCAGUGCAGGAUUUCUCCGGUGAUGACAUAGAAGAGAGGUCGCUUACGGACCCUUUCGUGGACGAAGCCGAUCCCAUGGACACGGUUGACGAAGAUGCAGCGGCCCCUGAUGAAGAAUACUGCGUUGACCAGCUAAUCAGAUGGCCAGCUCGGAUGUUUGCACGCGGAAGAAUAGGAAUGUGGACUGCAGACGGCAUGUAA